ACUCAUUCUAAUAGUUUCAAUGUUGGCUUCGAAUCAAACGUGUGCGGUUUGUGAGCGUUUCACAACUGAGUUCAAUUAUGGAGUCCCUUCCUGCAACGCCUGUAAAAUAUUUUUCCGUCGUCUAAUCACCCGAACAGCUCCAGUCAAGCAGUGCUACAUAGGUGAGCACUGCUUUACAAAAUCCCCAAUCACCAAAAAAUGUACAUUUUGCCGGUUUCAAAAGUGCAUUCAAGUCGGAAUGACCCUCCCAUCCUACCUUCAUUUUGGCGAAUUAACCAAAGAAAAGUGCAUAGACUCCACAAUCCAGAAGUUGAUACUCAUGGAAGCCCAUAGAAAGGAUUUGAUGGCAAAUUACUACACAAGUUAUUUGAAUCCAACAAUUGAUGAAGUGAUUAGACUCAACAAAGUGGAAUACACGAGGAAAUCUCAAAAUCAUCAAAUGAGCUUCUAUAAUUGGGCUUUUCACUGCUGCCUUGUGACCGUGGAUUUUAUGAAGAAAUUUUCUUUUGUAAAUCUUCUCAGAUUCGAGGAUCAAAAGAAUCUAAUGAAAGAGUUCUACAUAAAGCUCACAGUGCUCAUCAACUCAAAACAAUCAAUGUCAUGUGGGAAAGAAGGGAUGACAUUUCCAGAUGGUUCAGACGUCCUACCACCAACAUCUUCCGAAUGGGGAAUUUCAAAAAUCUCGCAAAAUUUGGAAAAUAAGGUUCGAUGUCGGCUGAUCGGUCGGUUGAGCGAGUUGCGGAUUACUGAUGAGGAGUAUCUAUUGAUGUGUGUGCUGAUAUUUUGCAAUCCGAAUCUAUCGGAUGUCUCUAAAAACGGGAAGAUACUUCUCACGUCCUACCAGAACCUCUACAGCUCGGUCCUUCUGCAAUACUGCCUGCUUACUUAUGGCAAGAUGGGACCAUCUCGGUUUGCUGAGCUGCUCGGAAUUUGCCAAGUCAUCGGGAUUCAGUACGGCGACGCAAUUCACUAUAACGUCUUGGUGCAAUUGACCAAAUCGCGACUCGAUAUGAAACAGCUCGUCAGAGACGGAAUGGUCGAAGCGUUCCUUAAUUGAAAU